UCUUAUCUGUUCUAACUUCAUCAUUUACACAUACUUAUACACUUUAUACAUUUCUGUAUACAAUGAAGGCUCUGAGAUAUUUUGGACUGGUUGUCUGUGCAUUUUACGGCUGUUUUAUAAAAGAUCAUGUAGCAAGUGAAUGUUUGAAUGGGUGGACAUAUUAUGAGGGUUCAUGUUACUUCUUUGGUCACUCUGACCUUGAUUUUGUGGAGGCAGAGAGAUUCUGUUCGCACUACCAAGCACAUUUGGCUACCGUGGACACUGCGGCUGAAAGUAACUUCAUCCGAAGUUAUUUAAGUGACCUAAAAGAUCCAGACCACUGGAUAGGUCUCACGGAUGAGGUUAUUGAAGGUGAAUGGAGAUGGCAAUCUAACGAUGCCAUUGCAAGCUUUACGGACUGGUACCCGGGUGAGCCGAAUGGUAGUAAAGGAUCCAACUGCGUUGUUAUAUGGGCCCGCAUAGGUUAAUACUGGAUAGAUGAACCGUGCACAUAUAAGUACAGACCACUAUGCGAAAAACCGUAUGUAUACUAUUACCUCAACAUGAUGAAUCUAAGAGGGGCUCCUACCAUCUGUAUUACAUUUCUCCUUAUAAAUCGCCAAUCCAUAGUUUGGGCUGUAUGACCGGUCUAUAUUCAGUACACAUGUUUUCUGGGCUAACAUGUCAAACAUUUAAAAAUUAAUUUAUGAUGUCAUGCGAUAAAACACUUUUUGAAUAGCUUGCCAUCCAUACUCAAAAUUAUUCUCUGAGGUCCGAAGAGCGAUAGUUUUAACAAUUGACCAGCUACCCAUCCAAUAAGUAUAUAGUGUAUCUAUAGGGACUAGUUUCAUUGAAAUUGCGGCGCUCCAGUACAUUAAAUAUAAAGUAAGAUAGCAUAAUUCCCCUAAAGAAAGAACAAGUGAGUUUAUAAUCAUUGUCAGGAUACCGUAAUAUGUAUAUUAACUUAAAACAUAUGUUCACCAGCAGUGAAACUGGUCG